AUGGAGAACACGUGGCACUUGCGUAAGGUUGCCGACAACGCUUCCAAAGCCUGCUGGAUAUGCUACAAGCCCACAACAAGCGUCCUCAUCACUCCAAAUAAUAAGGACUUCUUCUACAUUUGUCCGGGGCAUUUGCUUGACCGGGGAUUUUGUCAGCCUGAUGCCGAGGAAGUUACAGCUCUCGAAGUCAAGAAGAAAAAGGACGAACUCGAUGCUCAGAUUGAAAAGGUCAAGAAAGAGUAUGAGGAGAAGCAGAGAUUGAAGCGCGAAAAGCGGAAGACAAAAGAGAAAGAGAAAGACAAGGCGAAAGAGAAGGAGGCACAAAGCAAGGAUGAAGAAGAGGACAAACAAGAUGAGAAAGCCAAAGAAGACAAAAUCAAAGAGCUCUCCAAGUCGAAAGAACAAUCUCAGACCGAGCUUGGCCCCCGCAUAUACCACCUCAACAAGAGCUUUUACCAGUCGCGCUUAGACAAACUAAGAAACGCGGAAGUCGCCAAACGCAACCGGGAAAGGCUCAACAAUCCCGCAAACUUUCCGUCUGUUCCCUCCGGCAACCCUCAAUAGUGUACUGCACGUUGGACUUCGUGAUGAUACGCAACGUUGCCUAGUAGCUUACAGGUUUUGCAACAUCAUCGAGAUCCGGUUAUGCGCAACCGGAUUGCCAGACCUUUGUCACACAUUCUGGCAUCAUAGCACAUCCUCUGCAUCUACCUCUCUGACAGCGGGCAACGCCUCCUUGGCAAUCGAUACACAAAUGAUGACCCGCUCACUGCAGCUAGUCCUCCAUCCUUACACCAACAAUGCAGUCAGCAAUUAGUGGGCGGACCGCCAUCC